GGAUAUAUUGGCCAAUGCUAAUUUGGCUGCGCACCAACGACGCAGGCUACCCUAUUUGGCGAUAACCAUGGCUCUACAACACAAACCGACUCAAUGCGAGCUUACAUCCGAAUUGAUCUCUGAUCUUUCGGGAAAGGUAUUGAACCAGGCACAUGUGCAACAGGGUUUUCUGCUCCUUCUAAACGACUUGGGUGAAUUGGUUAUCGAUUUUCCUAAGGCAUCUGAAUUUGUUGCAAGAUUCAUUGCGCGCGCCAUGGCUGAUGACAUUCUUCCACCGAAGUUUAUCGAACUCCAGAAAUCAGUGCUGUCGCACCCUCCGCCGGUGCAUUGCCAUGCUGUUGUCCAAAACGGCCUCUCGGUUUAUACUGACCCUUCCUCGCCAUCCUCCAACCCUUCUGCGGCCUCGCUUCCGUCGUCCCAUUUCAACGCAGGUGUCAUCCCCGAUUCAGACAUGCCCUGUCGUGCCGGCACUCGCAACUUGAGUGACAGUAGCAACGGCAUGUGUGCUACCGACUCCGAACAAACUGCCGGCACUUCUUUAAGUAGUGGGAUCGGCUCUGUUUCCAGUCUUGCCACGUCCGGCGUUGCAAAUUCCGAGGUAGCUCUGUCUACUCUGGUUAGAGCAGAGGACCUGUUAAGGCUUAGUCAUGCGUUUGCCAGGAUGGACAACAUCUGGGGUGUACCCGCCGGUCCAAGGGCCAUGAAUUUACUUGUGAAGAAAGUGCAAGGUCUUCUGAGGACUUAUCUGGACACUGGUGAUUUAAACGAAGCGACAGAGACCUUAUUAGAAUUGGAUUCACCCCAUUUCCAUCACGAAUUAGUGUUUCAGUCGAUAGUGAUGGCAAUCGAACUGAGCACUGAUGAUGCCCGCGAUCGUGUGAUUGAUUUACUCAGAGAGUUGUGUCGUUCAGUUGUUAUAACUCCAAACCAGCUGGCUCUUGGCAUUAGACGUGUGUACGCCGAUCUUUCUGAUCUGCAACUGGAUGUUCCAGCCGCCUACACUCUCAUGGGGCGCGUCGUUAAGGAUGCUCUCAGUGCUGGGUUUUUGCCCAAGGAGCUUGCCUCAGAGAUGCCUGCAAGACCACGAAAACGUUUCAUUUCGGAGACUGGGCCCGUUUACAACACCAGUCAUAACGCUUGAUCCCCUUGCUUCGUGUGCUGCCUCUCCUUCUGCUCCGAUAGUGGUUCAUCCACUACUUUCACACUUGCCCUACUCGCACUGCCGAUUCAUGCAGUGUAUUCCCUUUCACUGAGGUUCUCUUUUCCGGUGUUUCCCUCCCUUUUUCUUCAUCAUCCUUUGUGCGAUACGACAUUAAUUGGGCUUGUUUUUCCUCCCUAGCUUUUGCUUGCUCAUUUCCCAAUAGCCAGUCAGUUGGUUUUUUCUUCUUCCGCUUGUCACCGGUAUUCAUGAAUUGCUCGUGCACCGUUUCCACCCCAAUGAAUCGGUCGGCUAUCAUCCUUUUGUUUCUUUCGGCAGUCUGUUCACACGGUCGCUGCUCAAUUUCUUUCCUCUUCUGUCGGUCCUGAAUCAUGUUUUCAUGUAUUCAGCUUUUCAUAUUUUCUGCUUCAUCAUAAUACUGCCCUAUGGUUUAAACACGUGUUUGCACAGCAGUCGUUUUCUACUUACAGACCGAUGCUUACAUAAUCGGUUCAUUUGGGGGGCCGCGUUCACUUGCUUUUCUUUUUCAGCAAUUCAUGGCCUUUUUGCUCGCUUAAUUGCGUUCCAUUGCACAUUGUUUGCUCGGACUUUGAAGUUGUUUUGCAUGAACAGCCUUCUCUCCAUAGCAAUUUUAUGGCUAGUCGGUACGUUUUUUCGUUCCUAUCGCUCUCCCCCCGAUUUACCCAUCUCAUGGUCCCACAUUUCCGACCUCACAUGCUACAGUGUCACAUGCUUUUCAUGCAUUGCUAAAUCGCACGGUGUCCAGCUUGCCUAAGCUUUUCGGUUAGUAUCUUCUCAUGCAAUUCGGUUCGCAGUGAAGACAUUAAACGCCUGACCGUGUUUGACCAAUGUUACUUGCGGGGUAUUGCUCACAUCUAGUGGGAACACCGGGUGAACACUGCUGUGGUCCACCAUUUGGUUUAUAGCAAGAAACCUGUUGCCUCACCGGUGUGUUUCUCGAAUCUUAAC